AUGAAUAGACUUUACAGAUUACACAGAUCUCAACAACAUUUAUUAUUAUCUUUGAACACCUAUCAAUCAGCAAAUUUCACAUUCAAUCACACUAAUAGAUUAGGUGGAUUAUUAAGCUAUCAUCACAAUCAUAAUUAUAAUCCUAUUGAUAGUAAACAAGUACAUAAUAUACAUGUUGUUGGUAGUAGAUCAUUCUCGUCAAAGUCAAAGUCAAAGAAAGAACAAAAACAAAGAGAACAACAUCAGCAACAGCAGAAUGCAGAGAUACAAGAAUUGACAGAAGAUGAAAAACGAUUGGAAGAAUUUGAAUCAAAGCUAAAGAAUGUAACAAUCGGAUCGAUGUUGAAACAAAUCGGAAUACUAUUGGCUUUAGCACUUCGAGGUCAUAUGUCAAUGCACGUCAAUCGUUGGAAGUACAGAGAGUUCUACGAGCACGUAAUGGAGUUGUUACGAUCAAAGAAAGAUGUAAUAGAGACUGUCACCCAACGAAAUUUCGAAUUCGACAAGAUACAACUAAAGAAUUUCGUGGUGUUCACACGUGAUUCACCGUUGGCAAGAGCAAUGAAAUCGAAUAACAUGUCAAUGAAUAUGAAUAAUCUCGAAUACUUUGACGACGAUGACAAUGACGAUAUUAAAGCUGGGGGUGGUGGCGGCGGUUUCGAACCUAUCGUUAUUUCAAUGACUUUGAUGAAUGCUAAUGAAUUGGAUAGAUUCUCGGUCGAUGCAGUCAUCAUUGGCAAAGCGGAAGCCACCCCUAUCGAUGGUGACUCUGGUCUGUUCGGUAGAAUGAUGCCUCGAAAACUACCAUUACUCGGUAACCUGAACUCGAAAGCAACACUCCAAACACUUAGUCUACUGCUAGAGAAUGUAGACACCGGACAACAGCAAGAAUUUCCACUCGUACAAGCAGAACAAGACCUCAGACAACAAACCACCACAACAUCAACGACAUUCCACACCGAACAAGACGAAAUGACAAUCAUUCAAGAGACAAAGCCAACCUCAUCAUAUAAAUCAUCCAAAGAUAGACAACAAACAGAAGCAACAACCAUCGAACUAGAUGACUAUAACGAAAAAUCAAAUACAUACAAUAAUCAUAACCAACAACAAAAUACAAAUAAAAAAUCUAAAUAUUAA